CACACUCGCUCUGACAGUCGUUACCGAGUGACACGCUCGCGCACGCGGACACACUUCCUGAGACGCUUUCACAGAUUCUUUCCCCUUCUCUCUGGCUGGCUGGAGAAAAGUGGGCGUUUGCUUUUUCCUGAAGCACCGAGAACUCUCCGUAGAUCUGUUCCAGCGCGAGACCGCACCGCUCUGCUCUGCUCUGUACUGUAUUUGCACGCGCUGCACGUUCCCCCAACCCCCUCAAGAUAUGCACGUGAAUAUAUACACGCCUGUUUUACGCCUCGUGGGAAGGCAGAUUAAUCCGUUAUUUCUGAACGUGACGGACUGUAAUCGCGGUCUACACUGAGUCGUCACUUGGCCCGAACAUGGCGAACGGAAACCUGUACGAAAACCGGCGCAUCGUGGAAAAGUAUCUGAACCACAAACUGUCGAAAAACGGCCACGCUCGGGAGUUUCAUCGGUGUCACGCGAGCAGUCCGGACGAGCAGGAGCGCGCGCACCGCGUGACUCUUCACACGGCUCUGCGCGAGGCCGGUGAUGAACUGGAAAGCUUGUACCGACCCGACUUUGCGGAGAUGACGAAGCGCCUGCGCGAGACCCCUGUGGGAGCAGAGCAGAGGCGCUUCGCGGCGGUGGCGGACGAGCUGUUCCGCGACGGGAUCAACUGGGGUCGCGUCGUGGCGUUUUUCGAGUUUGGCGCGAUGGUGUGUGUGCAGUGCGCGCCGGACGCCGAGAGGAGCGCGUGCGCUGAGAACGUCGCGCGCUGGAUGGCCGAAUACCUGAACGGUCCGCUGAACGGCUGGAUCCAGGAGAACGGAGGAUGGGAUGCCUUUGUGGAGCUGUACAUGAGGAGAAAGGACUCGUUGUUCAGCAGCUCUUGGCCUUCCUUGACGACCUCCGUCUUCAGUCUGGCGGUACUGGGGGCGGUCGGCCUCACCAUCGGGGCUUAUCUCACUCAGAAAUGAAGAACUCCAUCCAUCUCCUCACUCCUUUCCUUCACUCGUUCCUUCAGCACCUCAGACGUUUCUUCAAAGCAUCUUUUCAAGUCCUUCACUCGCCCUUAAAGGAAAACGACUCAGAUGUAAAAACGACAGUAAGUCGUCCUGAGGAAAACUGGCCCAACUUGAGCAUCGGUGUUUUAUUUCAUGAUGUUUAUGGAAUCUAAAUUUGCUCAGAAAUGUUCAGCCUGGGUAUGAAGCCAACCCUCAUGAGCGAUGACUCUGGUGUUUUCCAGACAAUACGAUUGUUCGAAACCAUGUAACUAAUUUCAUAAGCAGCUUUUUUGUCUGCUUGGUCACUGCUGCUGCAUCCAUCAUGCUAGUUGUCUAUAUCACGUUAGCACCAAGCUGACAGUUAGGAACUGCGACGUUCCUUUGAUUGCUGGAGUUAAAACACUAACAAAUUACGCAGUGUGAAAAAAACACUGUUGCUAGGCAACCACGGGAAAUACGGUCGCCACGCCAAAGCCCCCUCUCUUCUUAUUUGACUGUAAAUGAGGAUGAUGUUAGCUAGAUGACUGCUACGUAAAGCCACAGCGACAGAGGAAACGGCGGAGAAAUAUCCAGAGCGACGACAUUUCUCUCAGACGUGUGGAAUAAAAUCAGGAAGA